GCCAAAAUAUGACUUCGCAGUUUUGCAUUCCAAACAGCGACACAACAAAAGACGCCUCAUUUGUGCUGCUUCUCUCCUGUGAAGCCACCGGCCGGAGCGCCGCACCCCACUGUUACCGGAGACCUUCGACUUUCGACCCCAUUGCUACAGGUUCGUUGACCGCCGUCUUCAGGCCCUGCAACGUUUCUGUGAAUGUGAAUCUGAUUUUGGUUUCUGUGAAUCAACAACAAGCAAUGCAAUCGAAAAUAAAUUCAUUCUUCAUACCUUCUUCUUCUUCUUCCACAUCACGAAGCCAAGCCCUAGAUCCACCUCUUCCCCUUUUGGAUAACUUGUCCGAUGAUGAAGACUUCACCAGAGAACCUGAAAUUCCCAUCAUAUACACGCGAAGAGCUCCAAACACAGAUAGAGCUAAUGAUGAUCUUUUCAAAGAAAAUGAUCCAAACAAACUUAAUUUUAGACAACAGUUAGUUGCAACAAAUUCCAAAAAGGUUUUAAACAAGAAAAGGAAGUACGCACAGUUUCAUUUGGAUUUAGGUCAAUCCGAUUUUCUAUUACACACUUGUAAAACUUGUGGAUUUAAGUUUGCUCCUGGAGAUGAAGAAGAUACAAGGGUUCACAAAGAAUUUCACAAAAGCUACACUCAUGGUAUUCAUUUCAAGGGUUGGCGUAAUGAAAGAGUUAUAGAUACACACUCAUUAGAACAUGGACGUGUUAUUUUGGUCCUUAAUGAUGAUCCUCCUGCUCAUAUUAAAAAGGUUGAGGAGGUUAUAAAGAUGAUGGAGAUGGAGCUUGGUGAUGGAUGGAUCUUCCAUAAAAACUGUAAGGUUUAUCUUUAUAUCUCCUCUCAACGGGUUGCUGGAUGUCUAGUUGCAGAGCCAAUAAACAAAGCUUAUCCUUUAGUUUCAAACUCAGACCAAAACCAUGAUGUCACCACCACUCUAAAGGAGGUCAAAAAGUCAACUCCAACCACUCUACAAUUCGGUAGCAUUAGUUUCCAAAGAGAAAUCAUAAAAAAAAAUAAAAAUCAAAGAAAUUCAAACGACACACUCCUUGGAGCAAUCAUUUGUGAAAAAGACUCAAUCCCUGCUGUUUGUGGCAUCCGUGCAAUUUGGGUCACACCCUCCAACAGAAGAAAACACAUUGCCACUCAUUUACUUGAAGCCACAAGGAAAAGUUUUAGUUUGGAUGUGAUUCUUGAACAUUCUGAUUUAGCAUUUUCUCAGCCAACAAAUGUGGGGAAGUUGUUAGCAUCAAGUUACACCAACACCAAAUCUUUGUUGGUUUACACAACAAUUUCAUAGUACUUCAGAUGACCGGGGAAGACAAUGACGUGAUUGUACACAUCAUACAAUAGUUUCAUAUUUU